AUGCCCGCCACCGUCCGUCCAAAUACGGAUUACGAACGCUGGCUCCGGGAGUCGAAUCCAGAGCACAAACUCGCCCCGGAACCAGACUACGGCGCCAAUGUUCGUCACGACAGCCAGAUGGAAUCCUCCUUGGAAUACAAGCCUCCCUUCUCCGAACCCCAGAUCUACUUCUCCCGAGAUGAUCCGGUAAAACGAUUCCAUGCCCGUUCGCCCUUCUCCACCGCGUGCAUCAUUCCCAUCUUCGUGGUCCUCGUUGCCAUCAUCUUCGUCAAGACGCGACGGUCGAGGGAGUUGCGACCGACGCAGAGUUUGAAGCCGAUAACGGGCUGA